AUUACAUUUCAGUUGAGUGUUUGCUUCUAAGCUUGAUCAUUUAUUAUUUAAUGAAACAAUAAAUAAUAAAUUUUUAUUUUUAUAAAAAUGAAUUUGCAAGAAUUUGUUAAGUUUAUUAUUUGCUUGUUAUUUCUUCAUUUAAAUGGAUUUAUGAUAAAUGGAAAAAGAGUUGAACGCGGAGUUUUAGAUUGGAUUUCUUCCCGAUUUCGACCAUGUGGUGGUUGUUUAUGUGGAAGAUCUAAUCGCAACUCGGCAAGAUUUCUUGGGGGAGAAACAACAUACUCUCAUGAAUUCCCCUGGCUAGUUAAUGUCCACGUUAAAUCCGAGAAUCAAGUCAGCGGGGCGUUGAUUAAUGACCGGUAUAUAAUAACAGCAGCGAGUCAAUUAGAAGGGGCUACUGCUCCGGAGAUAAAAGUAUCCUUAGGAGCGUAUGACCGCUGUCACAUUGAUGUAUCGUCAGUAAACACAAGUAUUGAUUCUAUAAUAAUGUACCCGGAGUUUGUAAAAGAAACUUAUGCCCACGAUUUAGCGCUAAUUCGCUUGAGCAGACCGAUUAAAUUUGAGAAAAGAAUUUCUCCCGUUUGUCUUCCCAAUCCUAAUUCAACGUAUCUGGGGCAAGUUGGCACACUACUGGGAUGGACAGAAACGCAAUCCGAGGAAAAAUCAGCAUGUCUUCCCCGGAAAAUCGGGCUUCCGAUACUGAGCGCGAAAGAGUGCAUUAAAUCCGGAGUUGAGUCUAAAAAUUAUCACGAUGAUUCGGGAUGUAUGGGUGUUUUGGGUACUAAGUCAAUUAUUUGUAAUAACGACGUUGGAACUUCUGUUAACUAUCGUUCCUACGCUGGAGUUUACGAUUUAAUCGGGUUACUAUCAAACGACAACAAUUGCGAAGGAGACUCAAAAAAAAUCGCAGUUUUUACAAAAUUGGGCCCGCAUUUGCAUUGGAUACUUCAAAAUACCAAGGACGCCUGCUAUUGUUCUAAAUAAUUGAAUUAAUUUUAAAAAUAACUAAUUUUUGUGAAAAAUAUAUGCCUA